AUGGAUAUUGACGAAGAUUCCUUCCUUAAAUGUUUUGUUGAAUUGGACGAAAAGCUUCUUAAAUCUUCAUGGAGAUCUUAUGACUAUAUCUCUCAGUCUGUGCUUAUUGAGAUGGAGUCAAAUGAGCACGCAGCUGCAAUUGGCGCAUUUAGUGCUAUCUUCAGUACUUGGGCACGACCAGUCACGGAUGCCCCUCUGGCCUACACAGCUUCGAUGAAUUUCUGCGGGGAGUCAAAAGAGAAGAAACCGGAUUUGUCAUGGACACCUCUUCAUUCUCCUGGCGGCCGGUUGACAGAUUGGCCAAUCUUGGCUGGGGAAGUAGCCUGGUGUGAGCCGCGUCAGAAGUUGGUCCAAGAUAUGAAGUUUUGGCUACAGGAAUGCCACGGCCAAGUUAAAGUCGCCUUAUCUAUCACUAUUAAUGCUUGUGGUCGAAUAAGUAUUGAAAAAUGGAGUGUCAAUCCUGGCGACAAAUAUACUUCUCCAUUUGUAACGCAGAAAAUCGAAAUUGUACCGGAGCCCGCGCCGGGCUUCUCAAGGGUUGCUGGGAAACUUGCCAUCAAGUUUGAAGAGGUUUUUACACGGAAAAAUAAAGGAAACGAGACUGACUUUAUUCUAACGGGGAAUGACAUGGAAGAGAUAGCGGGGCAGAUAUGGACAGUUCAGUUUUCGGAGGUGCCUCAGGAAGAGGUUGGAGAAUUUACCUGA